AUUAAAAUGAAAUGCGAAGUUAAAACUGUUAAGCUAAAAAUAUUAGGAUUGACAGAUUUAAGUAAAAUAAUAAGAAAUUCUUCCUAUGAGAUAAAAGUAUAUUUUGGAGGAGCAAGAUAAUAAUCUAAAAUAUUAAAUUACUAUGUUGGUAUGACUUAAUGAGUAUACUAGCAUCGGAACAGAUUGAAAUAAAUUAAAAUUUAGAGUUAAGCAGUAUUCAUGGAAAGUAAUUACAAUUUUGGUUAUUUGAUAAAUUGAAAAAUAAAUUUAUUGGAGCAGGAUAAUAUGAAUUGAAUGAGAAUCAAAAAGAGGGAUUCUAAUUAUUAGAUUUAAAAAUUGACACUGUUAUAACAUGUGUUUUGAUGUUUGAAUUGAUGGUUGAAGUGAAAGAUAUAUAUUAAGCUGUAAUAUUAGAAGAUGAUAAUAUAAUAUUAAAGAAGGAUGACUCAGAAGAGAGAAGAAAAGAAUAGGAGAGAUUAGAAUAAGAAGAGAAACUUAAGAAACAAUAGGAAGAGGAACGAAGACUAUUAUAAUAAUAGAAUAAAGUUUCUAUUGUUACAUUAACAAAUAGAUAUGUUGAAGAUCAAUCUUAUUAUUGA